CGGCUGUUCCCCACACCACUGAUUUCUCCCUUGCAAACAAGUGCAACGCAAAUUCUAGGCCAAUCGUCAAGUCCACGAAAACGCUCCACGAUUAAACCCUCCUUCAACUCCUCCACCCCCCAAAACCACCCAAACAACCGCUACAAUGGAGAACGAGAAGGGAGAGAUCGUCGACCUCUACGUGCCGCGCAAGUGCAGCGCCACCAACCGCAUCAUCAAGGCCAAGGAUCACGCGUCCGUCCAGAUCUCGGUCGGCAAGGUCGACGAGACCGGUCGCUACACUGGCGAGAGCGUCAACUACGCUCUCUGUGGUUUCGUCCGCUCCAUGGGUGAGAGCGACGACUCGCUGAACCGCCUCGCUCAGCGUGACGGUCUGCUCAAGAACGUCUGGUCCGCUUCCCGACAGCAUUAGAAGGGGAAUGGGACGGAGUUCUUGGGGGUUUUCUGGCUUUUUUCUUCAAAACAACGGCUAGUUGAAAUCUGAGCGUCGUUGAAUUCUGCCGAGUGGUCUUGUUCGUCCGUGAAGCUUCAAAGAACCAAACCCUCAACUAGACGUACCGAAGUAUAUUACCCACAGCGGCCGUUGAUGGCGCUAUUUACGGAGAGCAUCAACUAUUCCAACCGUUGCUAUUCGUGUGU